AUGGAAGGUGAACCUACCCGUCCUGAGGCUCUGAAGCCGACACAAAUGAAAAGCACAGAAAAUGACAUUAGCGGUCAAAGAAUACACUCGAUGAAGAAUAAUCGCUUUUCAACACAGAACAACACCCCGCUAACUUCGCCUGCGAAGUUCUCCGAUACCCCGCACGAGCAGCAGCAAUCUCUUCUUAAUAUUACCGAACUCGAGGAAGAGAACACUAUUCACAUGGCUUUAACCCCAAACAAAUAUUCGUUUGAGCCGAAAGAUUUUACGGCGCGGUCAACGAUGGCACGAGCACAACGAUCAUCGCCAUGCACUCGAGGGUCAUCAAAUGAUCAAAACUAUGUUUCAGUUGAAAUUGAGGAAAUACUGGCUGCUAGUUUUGCUGACAACAUCCGUUCGAUGGGGAAAUCGCUACGAAAAAACGCUACUGGCGCUAUUGAAAUGGAACAGAAUGAUGAUAAGAGUUUACCACGAACUGCGGACAUGAGCAAAUUUUCACGACCCUCCAUUGGCUCGAUCACGUCCGGGGCCGAAAAUUUUGGGGUUGUAGGCAAAGAUGUCUGGGAACUAUCUCAUCAGGCGUUCGAUAAUAGUUGGAUGAAAGCGAAGAUGAAUGAAUUGAGCCGCAUGGAAGAUGAUAGUUUUAGGUCCGGCGAAAACAUGGAAUCGAAGUUUCUUGAGGACGAAAUAGAGUGGGAGCAAGAGAAUGCUGUCAUCCCGUUGGCGAACGCAGUCCAGGCCAGUCCAGUUAGAGCUACAAAGAAACCACAGCUCACAAAACAUGUGGAUUUCUCGUGCUUUUCCGGCUACUUAGCACAAGAGAAUAAUAUUUCGCAGAGAUGUGCAGGUGAGAGUGAGAACGAAGACAACAGCUACUGCUCCGUUGGACAAUACUUUAACAAAAUGUCCGAUGAUCUGAAGAGUAUGAUUGGCGAUCACAGCCCUCCGAGACGAACUCCUUUGCCCUUACUUGAUAUAACGAACGACACUAUGGGUAAAGAUGAACACGGGAUAUCCGAGAAAGCUGAAAAAGAAAACAGUUUAAGUGUUUCUUGCAUUGCAAAAGCUAUAACAUCCAUGGAUUUAGAAGAUUCGCCACAUAAUUUUAUCUACAAGCUCAAACAAGUGCAGAGAACGAAAACGGAACCAAUGUUCAGUUCUACUGUUCGUCAAACGAUGUCUGAAGGAGGACGUUGGAUGAAAUCCUUCGAUUCAAAGAUUGCCCAGAAAAGUUACCCAUCGGAACAACAGGUUAUCCAAAAUGUUUCCUUGGGCCAACAACAACUGUCUGAUACAAUAAGCUGCUCAGAUUCUAUGCUAAAUUCUUUCUCAACGGACUCAGAGAUUCCGAUCGCGAAAACUUCUAGCCCCCUCAAGACGAAAGUUGGCAUGGGCACAUCAUUCGAAAGAGCAUCUUCAGAAACGAAGACGACGAUGGCAAUCGCAAGCGAUCGUGUUCGGCUAUACGUUUGGAAGACGAAAAAGAUAAGCGUUCGGAACUGCUUAAUCAUAUGA